GUGGCUCAAACUCCAAAAAAACAGCGAUAGAAUCACUCUCUCACAGCAGCAAUGGCGGCCACUAUAGUGAUAGCGGGUGCAGGCAGCGCCACCUCUUGUUUGCUGCUAAAGACGCCGUUCGGUUUCAAGCAAAGACUAUGCAGCAAUGUUCUCCAAUUGAAUUACCAGAAAGUGUUGCCGUCAAAGAGACUAUUCACUUGUAACGCUAUACACAGACCGGAAGUCUUACAGGUCACAGAGGAGGGCCAAUCCGAAACCCUAGAUUACAGAGUUUUCUUCGUUGAAAAUUCUGGCAAGAAGGUUUCUCCUUGGCAUGACAUACCACUGUAUGCAGCCGAUGGCUUGCUCAACUUUAUUGUGGAAAUACCUAAGGAAUCUAGUGCAAAAAUGGAGGUUGCUACCGAUGAGCCAUACACCCCCAUUAAGCAGGACACAAAGAAAGGAAAACUAAGAUACUAUCCUUACAAUAUCAAUUGGAACUAUGGAUUGCUCCCACAAACAUGGGAAGACCCAUCUCUUGCAAACUCUGAAGUUGAAGGGGCGCUUGGAGAUAAUGAUCCAGUUGAUGUUGUUGAGAUUGGUGAAAGACAAAGAAAGAUAGGUGAAGUUCUUAAGGUCAAGCCCCUUGCUGCUCUGGCCAUGAUUGAUGAAGGAGAACUUGACUGGAAAAUAGUUACGAUUUCAGUGGAUGAUCCAAAGGCUUCUCUUGUGAAUGGCAUUGAUGAUGUCGAGAAGCACUUCCCGGGCACUCUUACUGCAAUCAGAGAUUGGUUUAGAGACUACAAGAUUCCUGAUGGGAAGCCUGCGAAUAAGUUCGGCCUUGGCAACAAGGCAGCAAAUGAGGAAUAUGCUCGAAAGGUCAUCAAGGAGACUCAUGAGUCCUGGAGCAAACUUGUUUUGAGAAAGAUACCUGGUGUAGAGCUUUCUCUGGCAUAGAUGCCCAAGUCUUGAACAGAGUUGUGCCUGCCAGUACUCUUGUUUGUCAAAGUUCUCCAUUGUGGGGAGCAAGGUCGGGCAAUAUAUAUAUAUAUAUAUAUAUAUAUAUAUAUAUAUAUGACAAUUGUGCCCCCAUUUCAUAAAGAAUGUUUAAAUUUUGCUAUGAUUUGAUGACAAAAUGAUUUAGAGUUGAUGGGUUUUGUACUCUGAUAACUGUUUUGAUGCUUAAGAUACAAAGCUAUACACAAUAUAUUGCCCAUAUGGUAAGAAAAAACAAAAGUAUAUGCAAAUAAAACACAGGAAGAGAUUAUCAAGAAAAUUAAAAGAAAAAAA